CACCAAAGGAAUGAUCGAGGUCGCGACGUGGAGAUGUGAACAAAAUAGAGAUGGCAGGCUUGAAGAAGCCAAUGGGUAUAUUUUGCCGUAUUCGAGUAGUUAUGCCUUGGCCUGUAGCUCCUACAAUUGCCUGUUGGGCUUAUGUUGUUUGGACAAUAGGAUCUUCUUCAUAUCCGCUGGCACGGAGAUCGUCAACUUACCGUGAAAAGUUUUAAUCACACAACACUCUCAACAUCCCCACACCGCCCCGCUC